GGGAGGCGGGACAGAGAGAGAGAGAGAGAGAGAGAGAGAGAGAGAGAGAGAGGCAGAGCACUGCACGUCUCUGCACAGCGCCUCCCUGCAAGGCACACCUGGCCGCCAGCUCUCACCCCUUUCCUGGGGAGGACAACCUGCUGAUCUCAGGCCAGAAUGGAUGGCAGAUGGCAGCAUUCACGCUGGGCCUGGUCCUUGCUGGCCAUGGCAGUUGUGACUGGGGGUACAGCAUCUACUGAAGCCUUGGAUAACAGCCCCACAUCCAACAGCCUGGAAGGAGGUAUGGACGCCACUGCCUACUGGUGGGGGGAGUGGACCAAGUGGACAGCGUGCUCCCGCAGCUGCGGAGGAGGGGUGAUGUCCCAGGAGCGACACUGUCUACAGCAGAGGAGGAAGUCUAUUCCAGGUGCGGGCAACAGGACCUGUGUGGGUACAUCCAAACGGUACCAGCUCUGCAGAGUACAGGACUGUCCACCGGAUGGGAGGAGCUUCCGCGAGGAGCAGUGUGUCUCCUUCAACUCCCGUGUGUACGACGGCCGGGCCUACCAGUGGAAGCCUCUGUAUCCGGAUGACUACGUCCACAUCUCCAGCAAGCCGUGCGACUUGCACUGCACCACUGUGGACGGCCAGCGGCAGCUCAUGGUCCCCGCCCGCGACGGCACAUCCUGCAAGCUCACCGACCUGCGAGGGGUUUGCGUGUCUGGAAAAUGUGAGCCCAUCGGCUGUGAUGGAGUGCUUUUCUCCACCCACACACUGGACAAGUGCGGCGUGUGCCGGGGCGAUGGGAGCAGCUGCACCCACGUGACGGGCAGCUACCGCAAGGGCAACACUCACCUGGGUUACUCCCUGGUGACCCACAUCCCAGCUGGUGCCAGGGACAUCCAGAUCGUGGAGAGGAAGAAGUCGGCUGAUGUGCUAGCUCUUGCAGAUGAAGCUGGCUUCUACUUUUUCAAUGGCAACUAUAAGGUGGACAGCCCCAAGAACUUCAACAUUGCUGGCACUGUAGUCAAGUACCGCCGGCCCAUGGACGUCUAUGAAACCGGAAUUGAGUACAUCGUGGCUCAAGGGCCCACGAACCAGGGCCUGAACGUUAUGGUUUGGAACCAGAAUGGCAAAAGCCCCUCCAUCACCUUCGAGUACACGCUGCUGCAGCCACCACACACGCACCGCCUGCAGCCGGUCUACUACAGCCUCUCUGAGCCAGAGCCUGCCUCCGAGAGCGCCGAGAGCACAGAGGACCACGAGCUGGACGGCGCUGGGCUGCUGGGCUUUGUGCGACACAACGGCUCGCUCUAUCGCCAGGCGUCCUCGGAGCGGCUGGGCCUGGACAACCGGUUGUUUGGCCCUUUAGGCCCUGAGGUGGAGCUGGGCCCAAGUCGGGGCCAGGAGACCAAUGAGGUGUGCCAAUCAGCCAGUGGUGGGGCCUGCGAGGGCCCUGCCAGGGGCAAAGGCCUCCGAGAUCACAACACCACUGGGCCAGCUCUCUCAGGGGACAAGGACGACCAGGAGGAAGAUGUUCAUUUCACCUCCCAGGAGCUCCUCUCAGCCAAUGCCAUCUCUGACCAGCUCCUGGGCACAGGGUCCGACUCAAAGGAGUUCACUGUCAACGAGACCAUCAAUAGCAUCUUUGCCCAGGGCGCCCCUAGGAGCUCCCCAGCAGAGAGCCUCUAUGUGGAUUAUGAGGAGAACGAGGGACCUGCUGCUUACCUGAUCAAUGGGUCCUACCUGGAGUUGAGUAGUGACAGGGUCACCAACACCUCCUCUGAGGCUCCGUUUCCCAACAUCAGCGCCAGUCUCCCCACCUUGGCCGGAAACAGGACUCACAAGGCUAGGACCAGACCCAAGGCGCGCAAGCAAGGCGUGAGUCCAGCCGACAUGUACCGGUGGAAGCUCUCAUCCCAUGAGCCCUGCAGCGCCACGUGCACCACAGGGGUCAUGUCCACGUACGCCAUGUGCGUCCGAUACGAUGGCAUCGAGGUGGAUGACAGCUACUGUGAUGCCCUGACCCGUCCUGAACCCGUCCAUGAGUUCUGCGCUGGAAGGGAGUGCCAGCCCAGGUGGGAGACCAGCAGCUGGAGCGAAUGCUCGCGCACCUGUGGUGAGGGCCAGCAGUUCCGCAUCGUGCGCUGCUGGAAGAUGCUGUCCCCCGGCUUCGACAGCUCUGUGUACAGCGACCUGUGCGAGGCUGCCGAGGCGGUGCGGCCCGAGGAGCGCAAGACCUGCCGCAACCCGGCCUGUGGGCCUCAGUGGGAGAUGUCCGAGUGGUCCGAGUGCACAGCUAAGUGUGGGGAGCGCAGCGUGGUGACCAGGGACAUCCGCUGCUCAGAAGAUGAGAAGCUGUGUGACCCCAACACCAGGCCCGUGGGCGAGAAGAACUGCACGGGGCCACCCUGUGACCGCCAGUGGACUGUCUCAGACUGGGGACCGUGCAGCGGGAGCUGCGGGCAGGGCCGCACCAUUAGGCACGUGUACUGUAAGACCAGCGAUGGACGGGUGGUCCCCGAGUCUCAGUGUCAGACAGAGACCAAGCCUUUGGCCAUCCACCCCUGUGGAGACAAGAACUGCCCUGCGCACUGGCUGGCCCAGGACUGGGAGCGGUGCAACACCACCUGUGGGCGCGGUGUGAAGAAGCGACUGGUCCUCUGCAUGGAGUUGGCCAAUGGGAAGCCGCAGACGCGGAGCGGUCCUGAGUGUGGGCUGGCCAGGAAGCCCCCUGAGGAAAGCACAUGCUUUGAGAGGCCCUGCUUCAAAUGGUACACCAGCCCCUGGUCAGAGUGCACCAAGACGUGUGGAGUGGGCGUGAGAAUGCGAGACGUGAAGUGCUACCAGGGAACCGACAUCGUCCGUGGCUGUGACCCACUAGUGAAGCCCGUCGGCAGGCAGGCCUGUGACCUGCAGCCUUGCCCUACAGAGCCCCCAGAUGACAACUGCCAGGACCAGCCAGGCACCAACUGCGCGCUGGCCAUCAAGGUGAACCUCUGUAGCCACUGGUACUACAGCAAGGCCUGCUGCCGUUCCUGCAGGCCUCCGCACUCCUAGGCCGGUGCCGUGGCCCCUGGGACCCAAGCCCCUCACCCUGUGGCUCUCCCUGUGACACCUGCCCCACAGGACAUCUCGGGCUGUGAAGAAAUGACACUGGGCCUCUGCUGAUAAGAAGGGACUCUCAUGCUGUGACCCUUGGCUCUACCCGGAGGGAGAGCCCUCAGUGCCUUGCUGGCCCAGCCCCAGACAGAGCCACCCUGCCGUGGGAGCCAUACAUAGAGCCCCGAGGAGCCUGUGUUUGUGCCUACCCCCGAGGGCCUUGAGCCCAAAGCCCAGGGCAGGUGACAACCCCCUCCCCCCCCACCCCCCGCCAAGGCCCAGGCCCUUCUCCAAGAUGACAAGGUGGUGCAGCCCUUCAAGAUGACUUGCAGAUGGCUUAAGGGCAGCACUCCCUCCUUCAGCUGUCUUGGGUGAGGAGGGGCCUCGGGGCAGCCAAGGAGCCCAGGCUGCCCACCCUUCCCUGCUGGUUUUAGGGCGUAUCCCUUCAUGGUGCCUCCCUAGUGCCACGGCUACCUACCAUACCUCCUUUCCCGGGGCUCUGUUGCGGUUUAGGAGGGGACAGCCUUCCUGCCAUCCUCGCGGCGUCUGUGGUUCUGAGCAGUGGUGUCCCCGCCAUCGUUCACGCUACUCACUGGUGUAUGUUAAUAAAGUGACUGUAUUUAUGGCGGCA